AAUUUCUCCACUCCACUCCUGCCAGUUUCUCCGUCACUUCUUCCGUUAAAAGUCUGCUGUUUUUCUAACCUGGAUCUGUUAGCACCAGUAAGGAUGGCAAUGGAGAAUUACAGGCACUUUUUGUUUUUCCUUAUCACGUCCAUAUUAAUUGGUUUCUUGUCGAUUCUGUUCGUAUUAAUAUGGGUUUUUCAGUGGAGAGAGGGACUUGCAUGGGACGGAGGUCUUGCAGAAUUCAACUGGCAUCCAGUUCUUACUGUGACGGGGUUUAUUUUCAUUCAGGGGAUCGCCAUCGUUGUUUACAGAUUACCCUGGACCUGGAAGUGCAGUAAACUCAUGAUGAAGUUCAUUCAUGCUGGCUUACACACUGUGGCCUUUGUUCUGGCUGUCAUUUCUCUGGUGGCAGUAUUUGACUUCCAUAACUACAAGAGCAUUCCCAACAUGUACAGUUUACACAGCUGGAUUGGAUUGAUGGGUGUGGUGUUCUACACUCUCCAGCUUGUUCUAGGUUUAUGCAUAUUCCUGUUUCCCAUGACUCCUGCUUUCAUCCGAGCUGCUUUCAUGCCCAUACAUGUCUACAGUGGUCUUCUGAUCUUUGGGACAGUUAUUGCCACGGCCCUGAUGGGAAUCACAGAAAAGCUUUUUUUUGCACUAAAAAAUCCUGCCUACAAAGACAGCCCUCCCGAGGCUGUGUUCAUCAACACGCUGGGUCUGCUAAUUGUGGUCUUUGGAGGCACCGUGCUCUGGAUGGUGACCCGGCCAUCUUGGAAGCGUCCCGGUGAGGAGGCCUCUACCUUCAAACAGGACGGGAGAGUAUCCAGUGUCACUGAGAAUGAACUAAACCUGAAUUCCUUUGAUAAAGCUACCAUGGAGUCCAGCAGUGAGCCGUGGAAGAGAAAACUCAAGCUGGAAGAAACAGGGCUGAGGUCAACCAUGUGAGAUCAAGGACACUGCUCCCAUAAUAGAUGUUGAGGGAAUGGUGGGGCAGUGUGUUCUUAAAGGGAAUUGGACUUGGGCUGUGUUCACACUGAGUUUUUUAGUGGGUUGGCUCCGAACGCAGUCUGGUUUGGUUUACUUGCAGUGUAGUGUGAACAAAAAAGUUAAGUUGGCAAACAAACCAAACUGAAGAGGUGGUCUCGGUUCAUUGAACAAAUGAACAACAGGAAACAAAACAUACACAUUGAUCUUUGUAGCUAGAUGAGGAAAAAGUGAACACUCCUCGUUUUUUUGUUUUUUUUUUGUGUAGUUGGUUGUUAGUGUUGCAUGUCUUGUAUCUGGUAUUCUGCAAAAAUAAAAAGUAUAGUUUGGUCAAACAAUUAUAUGGAGAGUGAAAGAAACAGGGACGCUUUUAGAAAUUCAGUCAGACACCAAAAUCCAGGCAGAACUUGACAAAGAGAAAGCUCUCCCUCCAGCUUCUGUACACAUGCUGACAAUAAAUAUAACCCCCCCCCCCCCCCAGUCACUGUCGUCUUAAAAAUAUACCGAGAUGUAUUGCAGGCAGUGGAAACAUCCACUCUACUAAUAGUUGAAAAAAUGACAGUGUAAACACAAAUUAACACGUACAUUAACGCAUCCAGGUAAGUGUGAACAGCAAGCAAAUUGAUUCAUUGUUUUAAACCAAAGGAACUGAACUGAGACAGCUUGUAACUAACCCAAUGUGAACACAACCUUAUUUGAAGUAGCUGUGUAAAAAUGAACCAUGCCAGAUUUCUUCAUUAGCUUUUUAUUUUAUAUAUUUUAUGUAAACAUUUGCAACACUUAUGCCCUUUUUUGAGUGGCUUUCUUUUCAAGGCAUAAAAACUGACGCUCACAAAUUUGAAAAGCAAGGAUUCACUAUUUAUAUCCCUCCUAAAGAUUAAAAUGUAACAAUAUAUUUUAAGACAGUCACAUUUCUGAAUGGUUUUGGAUUGAUUUAACUCUUUCAACACUGCAGUCCUGUAUACAGGAAACUGUGUCAUUAUUUCAUGCUGCCAAAAACAUACCAGCACAGUUCUUGAUAGUUUUGUUGUGUGGUACUAAAAGCUGUUACAAGGAUAACAGUUGUGUAAUGCAAUGCAAUCCCUGGGUUAGUGCUCAAAGAGUAAAUAUCAAGUAUGGCUGUACUAGAAUGGUAUUUCUUGCACGCCGACUCCCUCUGGUGGCUGAGACUUUAAUAUACAUGGUUUAUUAUUCUGUGUACACAACCCCUUCAAUUUUCUUAUUGCCAAAUUCAAGAUGCCAUUUAGAAAAAAAAGAAUAUGUUUGUACUUUACAUUAUCAUUAAGAGAAACUGAUUACUGGGACGCGAUCAGGAUUGAAUACAUAUAAAAUAUGAACGUAGGCAUCAGCAGGUGCUUAUUUUGCCACAGCAUUUAGCAUAAUUGCUUAACAUAGUAUUUUUAAUAAACUAAUAUAAAUAUUUUUACAUAUUGUCUUACUUUUAAUUAAAACAUACACUUAUGUAAUUGAUUCAUUUAAUACAAAUCGGUGUUUAAGUGUCUACUUUUGUGAAAUUAGAAGUAGAGUUAUCAAGUAUAAUGAAAUUAAUUGUAGUUAAAAAAAAAGGUUACUUUUCUUGACAAGAAGGUGGUGAUUAAGCAUCUUUAUAUGAAAUGUUUACAGCUUGUUUAAGUAAACAGAUUGUAUGUUUACUUGAAGUGAUAGCUUUACUUUGAAAUGGUAAAAUGUAAUUUAAAGAAACAUUUGGAUAAUUUCGUGUUUUUCACUUGUUAGUAUCUUGUAGUGAGGACUGUAUUAUGUAUUGCUAUAUUAUUCUAGUAUAAUGUACAUUUUAUCAUUGUACUGGUACUAGAUUUACAUGUCCUGCAAUAUUAAAUUCAUAAACAAUU